AUGUCCAUCAUCACCACGCCGGUGCUCCAGAGUCUCUGGACGGAUGCACAGCAAGUCCCACUAGAAUGGGCCACAACACGUUUUCGGGAGCACGUCUUCAACCGCAUCGUCUUUAACCGGGACCCAUGGGUGGUGUCGUCGCAGCAACCUCCGCCACACAACCCGGGCGUUGCUCGCCGAGUCGACUUGGUGGUGGAGCGCAUCGAUCCGGCGACAGGUAGCCGGGAUACCGUCCUUUUUGCCAAACUGAAGCGCACAUCGGCAACACAGACUGAAUUGGCCGAGUGCGAACUGCAGGCCUGCACGGCCGGAUGUGCAUAUUUCAGCAUAGCAGGGGUCUAG